AUGGUCGCCGUGCUGGUGCGCGUCAUGCACCCCCCGGGACACUCGGUCUGGCACCCCGUCACGAAGAGCAGCGUCUCGGGCGCGUCGCACCCGCACCCGACCGUCAGCGUCGUCUGCUCGACGCAGCUCGGCACGGGGCACCGCACCGGCGGGCAGUCGGCCGGCAUGGUGGGUGACGACGCUGGUCGUCACCUGCGCGGGCGUGCUUGUGGUCCUGGUGGUGGUGGUGGGCCACCACGUCGGGCGGGUGCGCGUGCGGCGCGUGGUGGUGGUCGUGCUGGAGGAGGAAGACGGCUCGCAGGGCAGGCGCCGGGUGCGGAACUCGGCGGCGCAGCCGUCGUAGGGGCAAGGUGCCCCGCAAGGGGAGAGCAGGGUCGCGGUCGGGACGGCGGCCGGGCAGCCGCAGGGGUUGGCGACGGUGGAGAUGAAGAGGCAGUCCUCGGUGCCGCACUGCCUGUCGCACCCGCGGGCCAGGGCCUGCUUGGUGACGGUCGGGCAGGGGAUGUCUUGCUCGGCGGCGAGGGCUUGGGAGGGGAGGAGGAGGGUGAGGGCUGUGGUGAGGAGGAGGAGCUUCAUCGUGGAAUUGGGGGUGUUGAGACGGCGAGUGUGUAUAUCGAAGAAGGGAAAGGAGCCUUUGCUUUUGUCGAAACCUGGUACGGGGUUGACGCUAAGAUCUAUACUCCGAGCAUCGGUAGUAACGAGGCACGUGAGGGUACGUUAGGCUGCAAACACGUCAUUCACGGUUGCGGAGUCUUUGUCAAAGACACACCCCGGGACAACGCGUGCGCGCACACACACGAGAGAAGGGUCCAGGCUGGCGCGACCAAGAUGGACGUAGAAGAGCCACAAUCUACCUCGUCCAAUGGCCGAGGCCAAAGCCCCCUCGUUGCGAAGCGCGCGGCUUCCCAAGACCCGGGCCCGGCUUCGAAAGCCAAGAGAAUCAAGACAUCCCAUAGCGCCCAAAACAAGUCAGAUGUUCAACCUCCGGCCAUAACCCGGGUGGCGGUCCCUUUCCCAGAGAAGCCUGCAGUUCUAGAAGAACGGAACGGUGAGAUCGAGUUCCGGGUGGUCAACAACGAUGGCGACAGAGACAGCAUGAUCAUUCUCACGGGCCUGAAAUGCCUGUUCCAGAAGCAACUUCCGAAAAUGCCCAAGGAUUAUAUCGCGCGUCUUGUGUACGACCGCACUCAUCUGUCCAUCGCCAUCGUCAAGUUGCCCUUGGAGGUCAUAGGCGGAAUAACAUUCCGAGAAUUCCGCGCCCGCCAGUUUGCAGAGAUUGUCUUUUGCGCCGUCUCGUCCGAUCAGCAGGUCAAGGGAUAUGGAGCCCAUCUCAUGGCUCAUUUGAAAGAUUACGUCAAGGCUACUUCGCCAGUUAUGCAUUUCCUAACGUAUGCCGAUAACUAUGCGACUGGUUACUUCCAAAAACAAGGGUUCGCUAAAGAGAUCACCUUGGACAAAUCUGCCUGGAUGGGAUACAUCAAGGAUUAUGAAGGGGGCACCCUUAUGCAAUGCCCCAUGGUCCCCCGGAUACGCUACCUCGAGGUUGGACGAAUGCUCCUCAAGCAGAAGGAAACCGUGCAAGCCAAGAUUCGUAUCUUGAGCAAAAGCCACAUCGUCCAUCAACCGCCGCAGCAAUGGGCCAACGGCGAUGUCACCGCAAUUGAUCCGCUGUCUAUCCCUGCUAUCCGAGCAACCGGUUGGUCUCCAGAUAUGGAUGCAUUGGCACGGGAACCUCGCCAUGGACCUCAUUUCAACGAACUUCGACGCUUCCUCUAUCAGAUCCAAAACCACAAACAAGCAUGGCCUUUCCUCAAUCCAGUCAACAGAGACGAAGUCCCUGAUUACUACAACGUCAUUACAUCGCCAAUGGAUUUGUCAACAAUCGAAGAGAAGUUGGAAAAGGAUCAGUAUUCCGCUCCUAGGGACCUGGUCGCCGACCUCGAGCUGAUCUUCAGCAAUUGCAAGAAGUACAAUGACGCCACGACAGUAUACACCAAGUGUGCUGUCAAGCUGGAGAAGCACAUGUGGAGUCUCAUCAAGGAUAUCCCGGAAUGGUUUGAUUUGCUCGAGGACUGA